GCCCGAUCGCACUCGAGUAGAGACAGUCAGAACCAUAGGCAUGUCCCCGAUAGCAUUCUCUUUAGCGAUCAUAGUCUGCGUAUCAGCAGCCCAGCCUCUCAGGAACGAGAUGGCCUCCGAAGAACUCUAUCCAGGCUUCCCUCAUGAAUCAGCUUACGAAGAGGCGAAACAGAUGAGAAACCUUGACUCCAUCGAAUCCGCGGCGAACUACAGAGAACUAAUGAAGCAGUUAGACAGGUCCACUUGGAUGAGAGGAGGCACUUUGGAUUCGAUCGGAGGCGGGCAUCUGGUCCGCGAUCUAGACAGUGACGGAGGAGUCCUUCUGAGGCAGAACUACGACGAUAGUCCUGAAGGUCAUCUCGAUACUAUAGGAGGAGGUCAUCUCCUCAGGAACUUGGACAGCAUUGGAGGAAGACAUCUUGUCAGAAACUUGGAUUCUAUUGGAGGUGGACACCUCGUCAGGAACUUGGAUAGUAUUGGAGGAGGACAUCUUGUAAGGAAUCUGGACACAAUUGGAGGAGGACAUCUUGUUAGGAAUCUGGACACAAUUGGAGGAGGACAUCUUGUAAGGAAUCUAGACACAAUUGGAGGAGGACAUCUUGUCAGGAACUUGGACAGUCUUGGAGGUGGCCACCUCUUAAGAAAGCUGGAUACCGUUGGAGGAAACAACUUGCUUCGUAUUUAUGACGAAAUGGAAGGCCACCUUGACACCCUUGGUGGAGGACAUCUCCUGCGCAACUUGGACACCAUCGGAGGCGGGCAUUUGGUUCGUGAUCUGGCCAAUCUUGGAAACAACCGUUUUGCAAGAAACGCCGAAUAUGAAACAAGUUCUUCCGAGGUAGAAGAUUUCAGUGAUGGAAUCAAUCCAAACGAAAAGUCAGUACUUGGAGAAGGAAUUCAGAAUGGGAUACAUGGAACGGAUCCGAGGAGAGUACGAAGAUCAGAAAAUUAAGCUAGAAAUCAAAAUGAGUAUAGAAAUUCGUAUCGUUUAAUUAUUAAUCGAUGUACUAGUUACCAUAAAAUAUAUUUUUGUAGUAUGUACUUACAUGUUGUUGUGCGUAUAAGUUUGAAAAAUAUACUUCAUGUUUAAAGAGUCUCUGAUCCAGUAUUUUACCCGUGUAUGUACU